AUUCUCCUCGCCGCCAUUUUUAGGGAACUGCCUAUCGAUGAGAGGAGAAACUUUGCUAGCUACUGCCUAACAGCUAGCUAGUUGGCCAGUGCUGCCUGUCUGUACGUUAUGACAGUUAACGCUUGACAGUCGUUAGCCAGGUCAGCUUGCCUCACGUUGAUGUAAAUUACUCCUGCAGCCGGGGCCAGUGUACCUGACAAAAACAACGGUUAUUCCUAUGAACAAUUUAGCUCGACUUAAGUCAGCGUGACAGUAACGUUAGAUAUUGGUAAGGCAAUUGUGCGGCUAGAUUAGCGAGUUAGCUUGGCUAACUUAUUAGCUAGCGAAUUCACACUUUGAUUUCCCUGGACUGCAUUGCCUCGUCUGUGAUUUGGCGUUGGCCACUCACUCUGCCGUGUUCAGGGUGACUGGAUUAAUCAGCCGUUUAUAACGUUACCCCACUCAACCUUUGUGGAUUAAUUUUGACCAGGUGCCCAUGUGCUGGUUCCUUAGGCCCAUCCAUUACUGCAGAUGAAUCUUCAGCUGCUUUGGCGUAGCUCAGCACCCAGAUAGUCCCGUCCCCUUUGCGUGGGCGAUAAGGGACUACAUUAACCAGGAUGCCCUCCUCUGUAAGGGCAGGCAGCCUGAAGGAUCCGGAGGUGGCUGAGCUUUUCUUCAAAGAAGACCCGGAGAAGCUGUUCUCUGACCUUCGAGAGAUUGGCCAUGGCAGCUUUGGCGCUGUCUACUUUGCACGGGAUGUGCGCACGAAUGAGGUGGUGGCGAUAAAAAAGAUGUCCUACAGCGGCAAACAGUCUAAUGAGAAAUGGCAAGACAUUAUAAAGGAGGUGAAGUUUCUUCAGAGGAUCCGGCACCCUAACAGUAUAGAAUACAAAGGUUGUUACCUCCGUGAGCACACAGCAUGGCUGGUGAUGGAGUACUGUCUUGGCUCAGCCUCUGAUCUGCUGGAAGUUCAUAAAAAACCUUUACAGGAAGUAGAGAUUGCUGCCAUUACACAUGGUGCUCUGCAGGGGCUUGCCUACCUUCAUUCCCACAAUAUGAUCCACAGGGAUGUGAAGGCAGGUAACAUUCUGCUGACUGAGCCUGGGCUGGUCAAACUGGCAGACUUUGGCUCUGCCUCCAUUGCCUCACCUGCCAACUCCUUUGUGGGAACGCCAUAUUGGAUGGCACCGGAGGUGAUUCUAGCUAUGGACGAGGGCCAGUAUGAUGGGAAGGUGGAUAUCUGGUCCUUAGGGAUCACCUGUAUAGAAUUAGCGGAGAGGAAGCCUCCCUUGUUUAACAUGAAUGCAAUGAGUGCCUUAUAUCACAUAGCACAGAAUGAGAGCCCAACACUGCAAUCAAGUGAAUGGACGGAAUAUUUUAGAAACUUUAUCGAUUCUUGCCUUCAGAAAAUCCCCCAGGACAGACCACACUCUGACGACAUGCUGGGUCAUGCGUUUCUGCAGCGUGAACGUCCAGACUCUGUGCUGAUGGAUCUUAUUCAGAGGACCAAGGAUGCAGUGCGGGAGCUGGACAACUUGCAGUACCGUAAGAUGAAGAAGAUCCUCCUUCAGGAGGCCCACAACGGACCCACAGCAGAAGCCCAGGAUGGAGACGAGGAGCUGGAGCCGGGUGGUGGUCGGACAGGAACGGUGAACAGUGUCGGCAGUAAUCAGUCCAUCCCCAGCAUGUCCAUCAGCGCCAGCUCCCAGAGCAGCUCUGUCAACAGUCUGAACGAAGCGGCCCAGGACAGCCGCAGUGAGCUGGACCUGAUGGAGGGAGACCACACAGUCAUGUCCAACAGCUCCGUCAUACACCUCAAACCGGAAGAAGAGGAGAGUUUCUCUGGGGAGCAGGCAGCCACCAGUCAACCCUCUGAGCCGCAGCCAACAGCAGCUCAGGCCCCAAGGAAGCACUACCGCAACAGGGAGCACUUUGCUACCAUACGCACAGCGUCACUCGUGACCCGUGAGAUGCAGGAGCAUGAGCAGGACUCGGAGCUACGGGAGCAGAUGUCGGGAUACAAACGCAUGAGACGGCAACAUCAGAAGCACCUGAUGGCCCUGGAGAACAAGCUGAAAGGGGAGAUGGAUGAGCACAGGCUGAGGCUGGACAAAGAGCUGGAGAGUCAGAGGAACAACUUCACCCAGGAGAUGGAGAAGCUGCUCAAAAAACACCAGGCAGCCCUGGACAAAGACCUAAAGACGUUUACCAACGAUGAGAAGAAGUUUCAGCAGCACAUCCAGGUGCAGCAGAAGAAGGAGCUCAGCAGCUUCCUGGAGUCACAGAAGCGGGAGUAUAAACUACGCAAGGAGCAGCUCAAAGAGGAACUGAGCGAGAACCAGUCGACUCCCAAGAAAGAGAAGCAGGAGUGGCUGUCCAAGCAGAAAGAGAACAUCCAGCACUUCCAGGCCGAGGAGGAGGCCAACCUGCUGAGGAGACAGAGGCAGUACCUGGAGCUAGAGUGUCGGCGGUUCAAACGCAGGAUCCUCAUUGCCAGACACAAUGUGGAGCAGGAUCUGGCCAGAGAGGAGCUGAACAAACGGCAGACACAGAAGGACCUGGAGCACGCCAUGCUGCUCAGGCAUCACGAGUCAAUGCAGGAGCUGGAGUUCAGGCACCUGGGUUCAAUCCAAAAGGCACGGGCAGAGCUGAUCCGGACCCAGCACCAGACAGAGCUCACCAACCAGCUGGAAUACAAUAAGAGGAGGGAGAGAGAGCUGAGGCGCAAGCAUGUCAUGGAGGUCCGACAGCAGCCCAAGAGCCUCAAGUCUAAGGAGCUUCAGAUUAAGAAGCAGUUCCAGGAGACUUGUAAAACCCAGACCAGGCAGUACAAGGCUCUCAGGAACCAUCUUUUGGAGACCACGCCCAAGUGUGACCACAAGGCCGUGCUCAAGAGGCUGAAGGAGGAGCAGACCAGGAAGCUGGCCAUCCUGGCCGAGCAGUACGACCACUCCAUCAAUGAAAUGCUCUCUACGCAGGCUCUGCGGUUAGACGAGGCUCAAGAGGGGGAGUGUCAGGUCCUAAGGAUGCAGCUGCAGCAGGAGCUAGAGCUGCUCAACGCCUACCAGAGCAAGAUCAAGAUGCAAACAGACGCUCAGCACGACAAGGAGAGGAGGGAGCUGGAGCAGAGGGUCUCUCUGCGGAGGGCUCUGCUGGAGCAGAAAAUUGAGGAAGAAAUGCUUGCCCUGCAGAACGAGCGUCUGGAGCGAAUCCGCUCCCUGCUGGAGCGCCAGGCCCGAGAGAUCGAGGCUUUUGACUCGGAGUCCAUGAGGCUGGGCUUCAGCAACAUGGUGCUCACUAACCUGGCUCCCGAUUCCCAGGGGGGCUGGGGGGGGGGAGGUGGAGGAAGCCAGGGGGCUCAGGGGGGAGGCCACUGGCCUGGAGGAGGUGGAGGAGGCAGCCACCAUAGUCAUCAUCACCAGGGGGGCUCCAGCUCACAGCAGCCCUGGGGUCACCCCAUGCUGGCUGGGGGCCCGCCGCCCUGGAGCCUCCACCACCCCGGAGGAGGAGUCAGAGGGGGGAGCGGGGGAGGCGCAGGAGGGGUGAGGAACAGCCCGCAGGCUAUGAGGAGGACGUCAUCAGGGGGGAGGAAUGAACAGGGCAUGAGCAGGAGCGCGAGCAUCACCUCUCAGAUCUCCAACGGAUCCCACCUGUCGUACACCUAGAACACAAGCAACACAAUAAUUGUCUUAAAGUGAAAUCCUUGUACACCGAGGUAACACUGUACACAGCCACACUCCAUGCAUGCACCACACAUGCUUCACAUACACUUCAUCUGUACGUCUGAAACACACACAGACUGCAGUACUGAGACUGGGUUUACCUCAGCCCAGUUCCUCUCUCAUCACCACUUCUCGCUUACAUCAGUGUACUGCUAGCAGCAGUCUGUGGAAACCCAAAAGUCUCGAGACUAAAUGACGUGACUAAAUGAGGCCAUAUACAGUACGCCACAUUGCAAUAGUGUGAUUUUCACUGUAGCUCACAGUGCUGUUUUAUAUGUUUAUAUUUGCCAUGUUAGUCUCUAUUGCCAUAGACGCAAAGUAGUAUAUUCAUAUUGUCUACCAUGGAGUUUAUUAUCGUAUAGUCGUUUGCAGUAUGCUGUUUUAUACAUGUGGGGUUAAUCUAAUACUCCCAGAUGUUGUGGUAGCACAAUAAGGUGCUUUAUGGGAAAAUUUGCAGUCAGUGUGCAAUUGUGACAAUUUUAUUUAAAAAUGUGUUCUUUUUUUCCUUCAAACCACACACAGCUGAAGAUUUCAGCACAUACAUCUUACUGAUAAGUUAAAUGAGAUUAUUGUUAAUGUGCAAUGUUGCAAGCAAAUGAGAAGGCAGGAGGUAAUGUAGGGGUCUGAAUUCAGAGUUAUUACAGAACAGACAGUUUCAUAACAGACAGGACUAGAGUGGAAAAUGAAAAGAGUUGUAAGUGAGCACCAGUGGGUAUCUGACUUUAUAUUAGUGUCACAGGGAUGGCUAAGAUGUGAUAGCUAAAAAAGUAAGCAAUAUUUCAUUCCAGCCUGAGUGACUAUUGAGAAGUUUAUCCUCCACCAGAGUGCAAAUCUGAUCACCUGUGCAGUGUUUGAUUAAAAUGAAAAAUCGCAUACUCGCAGAUCUUAAUGCCACAUGGCUUCGAAGUUCCCUGGAGUUUGGUGUUAUUGUGUUCUGUGAGCAGAGCUGCAAAGAUGCCAAAGGGUGAGAGUGUGGAGUCAGAUUUGUCAUUAGAAUAAUUCAUGCCAACAUACUGUUAUGUAUUUAACUGGGUUUGUGCCAGAGAUGUCAGUGUAAGAUCAGUAUAAUACUAUGUGGCCAAGUAGACGCAUGUGUUGCUGGACUGCAGGAGAGAGAAGCGAGUGCUCGGCCUCAUUGGCUCGGGCUCUUGGGUUUCCACAGACCGUCACUCACACCUGCCCAGUGGGCUGCCGGGAUGCAGGGGAUGCUGCAGCUGUGUAAGUGCACAGCCCUCAUGACAGGGAUGGGUUUUCAGCAGCACCUUACCUCCUGCUUUAUUGGUUUCAAAACUGGUGUUCAGUCUUCGCUUGUUUGCAGUAAUUUUCUGAUCUAAUUUGACAAAUGUGUAUGUCACUGAAAAUGAUGCGCUACGCAGUUUAAAAGGAAAAAAAAAAAACUUUCUUUGACAAGUCGAACCGUGCCUGUUGACCUACCUCAAGUACAGCUUCACCACAAGGUGUCGUGACUUGACAAUGAUUUGCACUUUGGCACAGGCCUUCUACCCCACACUUAUGUUAAUCAGACAUAUUUACACACACAUACAUACAAAAGAAAUUGAUUUUUUUUUUCUCCCCCCAUCAAUAUCAGUAUGUCCCUUUGCACACUGAUAUCUGCUGAAUGCAUGUACAGGGGGACAUUUUGUGAAAAUGGGAUUCGGACAUUUAUGUGUUAAAAAACAGAAGUUUUGAAAACUAACGGCUAACUUAUCAGUUGGCCGUGUAUCAGGGCAACUCUGGGCAACUAUAUCCAUCUCAGUUGCCUAAGAACAUCCCUGUGUGUUGUUUUUGACUUUUAAAAUAAGAUCACUUUAAGGAGCUGGAGUUCUAGUGAACGAGCAGGGAGCGUGAAAGAGGAGCUUCAGUAGCCCUCUGCUGGUUAGUGACUGCUGAAUGUCUCUCUGGGUUGAUGGGCGGUGAUGCUGUGAUCUCCGCUGCCAUGCCCCUGCAACCUUCCCCAGUCUGACACCCCGCUCUGUCUCACCCCUGGUGACCCUGAUGUCAUGUUCUGACCACCGAUGUCCCCUCCUUCCCUCCACCUCUGUUUCCUCUGCUCCUGAGCCCAGUGUGGUCUUCACCCCCUCCCUGAUCUACUUGGGAAGAGCUCUUCAAGUGAAAGAAAAGAAGAAGAAGGCGGGAAAAAAUACAUCUAAAUAAAUCUAGAAAAAAGAAGGAUUAUAGACAAAUUGAGAUGAAGGUGGAUGUCUUAUUGUGAAAUGCAGAGAUUAUGCAUUGUAUGUAUUUCAGAGGUGGAAUGUACAGGAAACCUGUUAAUAUUGUAUAUUUUGAAUUUGAAAAUAUGGAAAUCUAAUUGACAAAUCAAAGACAAAUUUGUGAGGCGGACACAGCAAUGUGUUUAGAGAGCAGCAGCUUACAGUUGCAGAAUUUUCACUGUCCUACAUGCAGCUGCGAGUUCUGAGACAUGUUACAGAUAUUCUGUUGUGAAUGAUAACCACACAACUCUUGGUCAGUACAUGGCAACAGUUUGUUUAAUGCUAAAUGAGGAUGAUUUUGCACAUAAUUUGAAAUCUACUUAGUAUAGCAAUGGCUAUAUUUUACUGAAAAUUCUUUUUAGGUUUGGAUUUUUAGAAAAAGAAAGAAUUGUCUUUCAGAGAUCUAUACAAUCUGAGGAGAAACUGCUGAAUUCUAAAACAGUUGGCUGCCUAAACAACUUUUAGUGAACACGACAACUUGAAAUUGUUUCCAUAUUCCUGCACAAGUCAGUGAAAAUAUAUCUGUUUGAGAUCUCCAAAGGGGAUUUGUGGGGUCCACUGAUAUUAUUUGGACUUUCAUUUCUGAUUUGUGAAACACCCACCCUCUUUAGUUUGGUUUAUACUCAAAGCAUUUUCAUAAUCCAUUUAAGUAUUUGCCUUUUUUUAAAUUGUUGCCACUGUGGAUUCAGAAUUUAAAACCCUGCUGUUUUCUAAAAAGAGAAAAAAGACCCAGAAGUGGUGGCCCCACUUCUCUUUUCAGCCAGGAUGCCAUGUACUCAACAUAUUUUAUCAUUUUACCAUUUUUUCUCAGUUCCAUGCAGAUUUAUUUCCUUUUUAUGCCAGAAAGGGUAGUUUUAUUUUCCAGAUGAUGUCCGCAGAGGGUCAAAUGAGUGACAGACUUUUAGACCUUGGCUUGUGUUUACCAGAACUCCCAGGUGUUUUGCGAGGCAGUCGGGGCAGAGUUUAGCUUUAGACCUUGGUCACUCUGAACUGGAUCAGUUGCACUGAUUGCACAAGUGAUUUACCAGAUCAAAGAGUCUACUGUGAUGCAGCUGCCAUUGGCUGAAAGUAGGCGGGAGGCAGGGUUGCGUCUCUGUACAGUCUGUUUAUCAGUAUUCCCUUUAUUUCUCCUGUCAUUUGGUGGAUCUUGCUGUUUUAUUCUCCGUAGUCCAGAGACCUGUAUUAAACUGUAUUAAAUUGUAUAGAUUGUGCAAAAAGCUGAAUGUUGCAUAGCAGAAGAGAAAAGCUAUUCCAUACAAGAGAUAAAGUGAUUUAAAAUGUAUAAAAGAAAUUCAGAAACAAAGUUUAGGGGAUAAAUGUAAUAUUUUGUUUGUAAUUACUAUUUUUUGUUGGAAGAGGGCUACUGGAUAAAGAAUCAUCUGUAAUAAAGUAAUUUUAAUAUUU